GGGUCUCUGCAGAAAGAUCUAGCUCUCCAUUGCUUGUUUCUGGAAGUCCUCUUAUAAGUCUAACCGAAGCCUUUUACCUUAUGCCUUGUUGUGGGGUUGUGCAGACAGGGCUCUGGACUUGAGGUCAGGAGUGGUUAGGAGUGGUGAUUCUAGACAAUGUCCUCACUUUGGGUCGCUUCCUGUCCAUCCUUGGGCCUCAAUUUGUCCAUUUCUAAGAUAGGGUCGCUGGGCUAAAAUCCAGUGAGGCUGAGACAUGGUGUUCCUUUGGAGAGAGGGUGGCUGGGGGCCAGAAGCUCUCUGGGUUUCCAUUCCUUCCUUUAUAUAGUUGAGGGCCCUGAAAUUGCCCUGGCUGCCUGCCUAUCAAGUUACCUCAGGGACCGAGUGAGAUGAGCUGUCCCUCUUGGGGUUUGUUUCCUUCCCAGUCCAGGCAGGUUGUGUGAGACCUCUUCAACUCAUACGGCCUUCAUCAUGCUGGGUGUGUUCAUCAUUCCCAGAGGCACCUGGCAUCAGAGGCCCUGCAAGAUGAGGCUCCUCAGAGCCCUGCAUCUUCUUCUGUUCCUGUUAGGCCGUCCACCUCACUCCUCUUCUCAGUCUAUCCCAGAGCCAUUCAAACUUCAGGCCAGCUCUGGCACUGCCAGAAAGCAACCUGGAUUUCCCCAGUUUUCAGUGCCAGUGCUAUCUGUGGGCCAUCUUGCUGUUUUUAAGGUCUUGCUGAUUUUAAUUUCUCAUUUCUAGACACAGAAAUGCUGACAAAUACAAACUCUUUGAGGGCAAGGCCUGAGCUCACAGGGAAGGACAUUAUAGUCCUUGAUUCCCAGAGCAGGGAAGCCUAGAGAGGAGGGGACUUGCCUGGAGUCACACAGCACAUUAAUGAAAGAACCAGACCCAGAAUCCAGGUCUCAUAAGCAUGCCCAGAAGAGACAGUAUUGAGCUUAUAGUGAAUGAAUUAGAAGCAUGAGGGACAGAGGAGAGGGCAGAGAGCUGGGAGCUGGCCUGAUCGUUUUGCAGGUGCUUUGUAGUUAUUGGCUGUACCACCUGGGGUACCUUCCUGGUGGGUGCCUGGCUCACAACAGGGGCCUAGUUGUUAUGGGGUGCUUGUUAUCUCCCCCAUCCACUUGUCUACCGCAGCUCUCUUGCCUGGAUCCCUUCCCCCACCCUUUUAUCUUCUACCUUCCAGGUUCUUUACUGUCCCAACUUCAACUUGAGUGUCAAGGUUUCCUGGUCAAGCUUCUUGCAGGAGUCAGGGGUAGAAGGGGAAAAUCCUGGUGGUGACUACAGGGGGCUGAAUCCUGCAUGGCCAUCAGGUGGAAUUUGGCAGGUGCCACUUUUAGAAGAAUCUCACUGCCCAAGUUAAAGAAGUGAGUGGUAUGCCCUGCCUCUGGCCAGCAGCUGCUGGACUUGACAGCCUGGAUGGGUGGAGCGGGCAAGCGGCUCUCUCCAGGGUGAAGAGUCCUAGCAGGUGGGUCGGCUGUCUCUGCAAGGUGGCUGGCAGCGCCCUGGCCUCCCGCUAUGCUGCAGCCUGACCCCUUGUGGACGGAUGGAAAUCUGGACCUGGAGCUGAAUCUCCGGCCCCUGGGGACCAUUCUGGAGCCCAGGGUCCCCGUGGGGAGGAUGACGGAGCCCGCAUGGGGGCUGGAAAUAGGGGUGAUUGGAGUUUGGCUGGGGCUAGAAGCCGAGUGAGCUUCCGGCUGGGUGUCCAAUAGGUGGGGACUGGCUCCCGAAGCGGCGGUGCCCAGUUGGCAGCCCCUGAGAACCCUUCUGGGCAGGGGUUCCGGGAGGAGGGGAGCAGGAGCGGCUGCGGAGAGGCCGGGACGCGGCGAGAAGUUCUGGCUGCGGAGGGCGGGAGCUCGGGAGGAGGAGCCCGAGGCCGCUGGCUGCAUUUGGAGCCCCAGCCGGAGCCGGCUGUGGCUCAGGUGACCUGCGGCUGUCUCUGGGAGCGCGCUGCUCCCCACCGCCUGGUCCACACUGCUAGCGGCCGCAAUGAUCCAGAAUGUCGGCAAUCACCUGCGAAGGGGCCUCGCCUCUGUGUUCUCCAGCCGCACGUCCCGCAAGUCAGUCUCACGUGCUGGGGACGACAACGACAUGGAAGAGGGUGAGGGAUACCGGAACCCCACGGAGGUGCAGAUGAGCCAGCUGGUGCUGCCCUGCCACACCAACCAUCGUGGGGAACUGAGUGUCGGGCAGCUGCUCAAGUGGAUCGACACCAUGGCCUGUCUGUCCGCGGAGAGGCACGCUGGCUGCCCCUGUGUCACAGCCUCCAUGGACGAUAUCUAUUUUGAGCACACCAUCAGUGUUGGACAAGUGGUGAAUAUCAAGGCCAAGGUGAACCGKGCCUUCAACUCCAGCAUGGAGGUGGGCAUCCAGGUGGCCUCUGAGGACCUGUGCUCUGAGAAGCAGUGGAAUGUGUGCAAGGCCUUGGCCACCUUUGUGGCCCAUCGGGAACUUACCAAGGUGAAGCUGAAGCAGAUCACGCCGCGGACGGAGGAGGAGAAAACCGAGCACAGUGUGGCAGCUGAGCGCCGGCGCAUGCGACUGGUCUAUGCCGACACCAUCAAGGGCCUCCUGGCCAACUAUGCCAUCCAGGAAGAUCUGGACAGCAGGGACUGCAGCUGCAUGGUGCCGGCUGAGAAGACCCGCGUGGAGAGYGUGGAGCUGGUUCUUCCCCCCCAUGCCAACCACCAGGGCAACACCUUUGGGGGUCAGAUCAUGGCCUGGAUGGAGAAUGUGGCUACCAUUGCAGCCAGCCGGCUCUGCCGUGGGCACCCCACACUGAAGGCUAUCGAGAUGUUCCACUUCCGAGGUCCGUCCCAGGUUGGAGACCGUCUGGUGCUCAAGGCCAUCGUGAACAACGCCUUCAAGCAUAGCAUGGAGGUGGGCGUGUGCGUGGAGGCCUAUCGCCAGGAGGCUGAGACCCACCGGCGACACAUCAACAGCGCCUUCAUGACCUUUGUGGUCCUGGAYGCAGAUGACCAGCCCCAGAUGCUGCCCUGGAUUCGGCCUCAGCCUGGGGAGGGCGAGCGACGGUACAGAGAGGCCAGUGCCAGGAAGAAGAUCCGCCUGGACAGGAAGUACAUUGUGUCCUGCAAGCAGGCGGAGAUGCCCCUCUCUGUUCCCUGGGACCCUAGCAACCAGGUGUACCUGAGCUACAACAACGUGUCCUCCCUGAAGAUGCUCAUGGCCAAGGACGACUGGGUGCUGUCCUCGGAGAUCAGUCAGGUCCGCCUGUACAGCCUGGAGGAAGACAAGUUUUUCUCCUUCCAUCUGGAGAUGGUGGUGCACGUGGAUGCAGCCCAGGCCUUCCUGCUGCUCUCAGACCUGCAGCGCAGGCCGGAGUGGGACAAGCACUACCGGAGCGUGGAACUCGUGCAACAGGUGGACGAGGACGAUGCCAUCUACCACAUCAUCAGCCCUGCCCUUGGUCGUGAUGCCAAGCCCCAGGACUUUGUGAUCCUGGCCUCAAGGCGCAAGCCUUGUGACAAUGGGGACCCCUAUGUCAUUGCGAUGAGGUCAGUCACGCUGCCCACCUACUGCGAGACACCAGAGUACCGUCGUGCAGAGACCCUCUGCUCAGGCUUCUGCCUCUGGCGCGAGGGGGACCAGUUGACCAAGGUGUCCUACUACAACCAGGUCAGCCCAGACAUCCUCAACUAUGUGACCACCAACGUGUCCGGCCUCUCCUCGGAGUUCUACACCACCUUCAAGGCUUGUGAACGCUUCCUCCUGGACAAUCGCAAUGACCUGGCCCCCAGCCUCCAGACCCUCUAGGCUCCCCUCCAGCUGCCCCGAGGACUCUCGUGCCGUGCGUGGAGGAAGGCAGAGGCAUUUAUUCCUCCUGCCUCCUGCAGGGAAGCCUGGACCUAGGAGUUGGCUGGCCAGGGACCACUGGGCGGUCAGUUUCUGCCAACAUCUGCCCAUGAAUCCUUAUGGUACCCCUGGGGGGGCCUGCAGUAGACUCUGGUCCUGUCCACCCCGCUGGCUGCCAGCAGCCCUGCCCACACAGCUGAACAGCUGCUCCCAGUGGGGCUGUGCUGCACUGUGACGGUGGCCUGGGGGGAGGCUGCCAGCAGCCUGGCCACGGCUCCCACCAUGCUCUGGUCCAGUGGCCCGGCUUGCAGCUGGAAGGACACAGGUUGCCUGAGUCCCUGGAAGAGCUCCAGCAUAUCCAUGAGCAGCUGCUCCCCAUAUCCACUGCCUAGCACCUCCUCGGGCCAGCUGGGUGCCACGGUCACAUGGGGGAACACCUCAGCCACAGCCUUCAGGAACUCUUUGCCAGCCGUGUGGCCAGGGACCACAAAACUCCCAUAUGAGAUUGUGGCCCCKACCCACACAGGCCGAGGCAGAUGGCCAAGGGCUGAGAGAUGUGCCAGGAUGGCCAGGGAUGGACGGAGGGCUGCGGGCUCUGCUAUGUGCACGUGGAGGCCCCAGCGCCCAGGGCGCGUGGCCAGCUGCAGCAGGCAUGACUCCAGUGUCAGGGCAGCACUGCCUGGGGCACGGACGAUGGGCACAGAGUCCCUGGCUGCAGUUCCCUGGAGACCAACGUCCAGCAGGAUCACGCCUUCUCUGUCUGGAAGAGGCAACCAUGGCUAGUCUCAGGUUCCCACGGGAGCCAGAAUCUCUUGUUAAAAGGGCACRGGUGGGGUGGGGGUGUGGCUAUGGGGACGGCCUGGCCUCUGUGGAAUCCUCUAACCUUGUUCUGGGUUCCAAUUGUGGUGUCUGGUACUUGUCAAGACUAAAGUGAUAAGCUGCCAGCUCAGCUCUUGGUCUUUACUUGUGACAUAGACCUGGGGCAGAUGCCAGCUCCUCCUCUAGCAUCAUGUGACUGAGGACUCAAGAGUGCUGGUCUGAAGGCCAGGAAGCCGGUGCUCUUGAGACUACYGCACUCCCCCGGCCCCACCCUACUUUGUAUCCAGUGUGUGGCUUACAAGGGCCCAUGUUGCCAUGGUAACCGAGGUCCAAGGUCCACUGGUAAAGGACACCCUUGCAGGUCAGCUAGGGGUACCAGGGCUGUAGACAGACUUACCAGGGAGCGUGAUCAUUGCUGUUCUGCCAUUGCCUUGCACUUCUGGAAGCAGCCACUCCACGCCCAGACCAUCACCCGAGGGUGGCUGGAGAACAGGGAUCAGGCUGCUGCCGGUGUAGUACAUUCGUUUCCUUGUGGUAUUUACUGUGGGGUCCAAAAUUGUUGAGAUGAAGUGGCAACCAUUCAGAGUGCCUUCUAUAUGCCCUGAUUCUACCAUAUUCCAAGACUCUUGCUGUCAUCUCCCCACUUUGAUAGACUAGGAGAAGUGAUUUGCCYAAGGUCCUUCAGCAGUUAGUGGAUUGGAACUGGAUGGAACCAGAGCUAGAUGUACCCACAGCUAGUAUCCUCCCCCUCACUUAGGUAGCUCCCACAGUGGGAAUGUGGACUCUGAUGGGACCCCCUGUAUCCACUCAGCUGCAGGGUCAAGGGAGCAAAUAUGCACAGUAGCAUCUGGAUUAUUAAGUCUCACCCACAGAGAGACUGUGCUACAUGGAAAGUCUAUAGGGUUGGAAUUUGCUGAGUUCUGAUAAGAGCUCUGCCUUGAUAAGAUCUGAUGACAUAUAAACUCUGUAACUGUUUACACCUGUUUCCCUACCUAUAAAUUGGAACUCUGGCUUCAUGAAUAAGACACUUAAAUAGAAUGCCAUCCCGGGGCUAAGUUGCAAUAGCAGAAUCUCUCCUCCUAUUCCACCCAGGAUCUUCCCCUUCUGAUGUCACUUCCCCCCAGCUCUGCACCAGGGCUGGCCCA